CCACACCGGUCAUCAAAUCCCAUCGGCGAGGUUCUGGAAGGCGAAGACGUCGCCGCUCCGCUCAUAGAAGCUGCUUCGGCAGGAGACCUCCCGAAGCUUCGGACCAUGCUUGAGGAUCCGUCCUGGGCGGAGAUUGCGCUCCGGCGUCAGCAGUAUGUCGACACGGAGAACCGCCCAGCAGAGAACAGGGAGGAUGUGCGAGCUGUCGCAACGAAGGAGGAUCGGGGCAAUCAGAAAGCUCUUGUGGCAGCCGCUAAGAACGGCCACGCGGAAGUUGUGGAAUUCCUGCUCAACUUCACAACUCCCCAUGCGGCCGAAUCGAAGGCCUUCGUCUCCAGACCAGCCAUCAUCGCCGCAAUCAAUAACGACCACACUGACGCUUUCGUCGCAAUGGCGAAAAUCGAUCGAAACAUCUUAUUUGGCCAUCUCGACCACAAGCAUCUCCCCAUCGACCUCGCGAUCAUGCGCAAGAACCUUGACAUGGUCACGCGGGUUCUCGAAUUGAUGAAAUGCCAUCCCCAACAGAACGAUGGCUACUGGAAGGGUCGUCUCCGACACGCCGCCCGUUGCGGUUCCGUGCCGAUCCUAAAACUCCUCCUCGACAACGGAUACACCAUCCCCGGGACGGGUGCGCUUCACGGGGCGGCCGAGCGCAACGCCGUCGACCGAGUGCGCUUCCUGGUCGAGCAAGGCGCUGAUGUAGACGAGAUGUGCCCUGCAGAGAAACACUGGUUGGACAAAUCUUGGCAUGACUCGGCCCUGUGGGCCAGUUGGGUGCCGAUGCACUUUGCCGCUCACGCUGGGAAUGAAGCGGCGGUGGGAUGUUUGGAGAGUUUGGGCGCGAAGACCGAUGUCAAGGAUGUCAACGGGAAGACUCCGAGCAUGUUGUUGGAGGAGUGGAAG